CUCUCCUGAGAGUUUUAACACCCGCCGCCCACUCUCUUUCCCUUCUUUUCCAAAACCUCAAACUCUUUAAUGCCGUUUGCGAUCCAUUUGUCACUCAUUUGACCUCUUGUCUAUAGCACAUUCUUGUCACUCUUUAACAAUUCACCUUUUCUCCAUUCCCCCCCCCUCUUUUAUUUCAUUGUCCUUUCUUUGAUUUUCUAUAUUGAUUUUAUUUUUAUUUUUGGUAUCAACUCCAUAUUUCCUCCGAUAAGUUUACUCUUUAAUGCUCGGCUUUAUGUCGUUCGGACCCGUCUACGGCUUCACGUAUCACAGCUCAUGAUCGAGUCCGGCACUAUCACCACAUUCAUUACGAACAUCUCUACAGCAUGUCUUCCAUUGCCGAUCGUGGCACUUCCGGUCACAGUUCUCCAUCGUUAUCGCCAUUGCCCUCGCCGCUCGCGCAUGGCCCAAAAUUCUCACCACCAAAAUCCAGAAACACCUCUCCUAUCCGGAGGCCACUUCACGACCGUUCCAAUUCGCAAUCCAACCAACACCUUGGCCCAACCAUACGCAUAGUCGAGGAUCCUGGAGCUGAGGUCUACGAAAAGACACCCUUUCCCAGUCAAGCGUCGCAAAUACUACCACCUCUUAAGAAGCCAGGGUAUUCGUUCGAGGGCCGGGGUUCUCGUGUUUCAGAUGAGAAUCAGGUUGCCCAUGCGGUCGCAAAGAUCGAGGCAUCCCAGACCUUGGUUCCAAAACCCUUGCUGCACAGGAAAGCAAUUAGACAUUCAACAUCGACUAGCAUUUCCGAUGCGGACACAUUGGUGGCUUCGUCGUUUUCACCAUCCUCCAGUCGAUUCUCUCAAGGUAGCACAUCCCCGUCAGAGGUCUACGCCGACGAAAAGGGAUUGGAGGUACUUCAGGAGAACGUUCCCCUUCCACCCUUCCAACCGAUCCCUCAAUCGACCAUUCGAGCUGUCCCUCCUUCGUCUUCUUCCAAAGAGGACCCGCUCGAAGGCCACGCAUUGACACCAAGGGCUUCUGCCGCAUCGCUUGCCUCAACUGCCUCCGUCGACACCUUAUCUCCCCCUCCCUCCUCCGCCAACUGGCAAGCUGCCUCACAACCAUCGUCGUCUGGUACCGACCACAGGAAGCCGGCUUCAUCCACUAAUCAGGAACCACAACGACCUACUCAAAAGCCAUCGACAGAAUCUUUUGCCUUCUCCGACUCCUCCUCCUACAGCGAACGACCAAGCACAUCCUCACAUCCCUCCCCAACCAUCCAUGCCGCACGUCAAGUCAGUCUCUCGAGCGGAGUUCGACUUCACUACCCCAUCGUACGAGCCCCCUCGGCCAGCAGCUUACGGGCUUCGUCGGAGAACCUACCAAGCAUCACCUCACGAAUGAACAACCGCGCUUCCCAGAUACAUCAAUGGAGUUCGCAGCUUUCGACGAUCCAUUCCGAGUCGGACCGUGGCUCGCGAUCGAUUGAACGAAGUUCGCGCUCUUUUGAUGCGCGGUCGCAAUCGCAAGACUAUCAUGUCAGCAAUGGGAGGGAAAACAUUCCUCGUAUGAGGCGACAGACGGUCGGUAGCGUCUCAUCAUCCGACAACAUCUCUACGAGUCAUACCGAAUCCUCAUCAGUAGCUGUUCCUCUACCUUUGUUCUCGCCUAUCACGGGACCUUCGCAUGAAGAGAGAGAUUCUAGCGACGAGCGUCAUGAUACCAUUUCUCCUCUCCAAUCGCCUCCGUUGAGAACUAAGCGCUCCUUCUUGAAAAGACACGAUUCCGAUUCGCGCUCUAGCUCCUCUCGCCCAGGCUCGGCUCAAUCUGAUUUCUCUACAUUCAUCGCCAACACUAUCCCUCCAUGGGCUCGAGUUUACUAUCGGCGAGAUCGAAAUUCAUUGGGUGCCCCGGACUCGGCAACUGAAUCCACCGAUAGUUUGCGAUUACAGACAGGGCACAGUGGUAGAACAAACACACCUUCCGAAGGUAACUUCCCCUUGAGCAUAUAUCGACCCCGCAAUCGGCCACACCAACGGAUGUCUCACCCAGAGACCAUGUCAAUGUCAGACAGAAGUGCCGUGGAGCAAGAAAUAUAUGUCAUUGAACGCCCGCGGCGUGCCAUGGUUGGGCCAUGCACGCCUCGUCUUCAAAAGGAUCGGCGAAGUCAAGCACGCCUCAGCGCCUGGAAAGCGCCUUCAUUCGAUGACUCUCUUGGGACGUUACUCUUCAGUCGUCAAAAUCGUCAAGUAUGGCUGUUUUGCCUCGGCUUCAUCCUUCCUCUCGCAUGGAUGGUCGCAUCGUUCCUUCCGCUGCCCCCUGACCCUGAACUGUGUCCUUCAACGCCGAAUCCAGCUGAUAUCGAGGGCCAAUACGACCGAACCUUUGGGCCGGUCGACGAUCGAUCUUAUCAAAAAGCGAAUUGGUGGCGCAACCUCAAUCGAAUAAUGUCUGCAAUUGGUACACUUCUCAUUGGUGUCAUCAUUGCAUUGGCAAUACUCGCAUCUAGGAUGUCCUAGUCUUGCUCCUAGGUCUCUUUCAUACUACGAACGAUUUCCAUCUCUUCUACCUUCUGGUCACGC